AUGGAUCCCGGGUCGGGUUUGGAUCCGGAUGAUAAUGGUAAGAAGGGGAAAGGAAAUGGCAAUGGCGAGAGAAAGUUCGGUGCUUUCCUAAAGAGAGUAGAACCAGUUAAACCGAAGAAGGAUUUGAAUCCGAGAGACCUAAGAUCAUGGGCGAAGAAAACCGGGUUCGUCUCCGAUUACUCCGGCGAAACCAGCACGAGCCGCACUCGUACCAAGCUCGGCGAGAGCUCAGAUUGUGAUUUGCCCAAAGGUAGAGAACAAACAGGUCAAGGCUCGUCUCAUAAAAUCGAAAUCGACCCGAUUCUGGGACGAACUAAACCGAAGAGAGGAUUCGACAUCGAACACGUAACCGGAUCUGACGAGAGGAAUGAGGACAGAAACGCGGCGGAGACGGAGAUUGAAGGCGGGAGAAUCAAUCGGGAAUUGGAAAAUGGGUUUCACAAUUAUCCAGGCGGUGGAGAAUGGCUUAAACCGAUUGCAAUCAAGUACGGUCUCAGAGACAAUCCUGGUUUCGCUCCACUUAUCUAUUACGGUUUGCAACAUUAUCUAUCACUAGCUGGUUCACUUGUCUUUAUUCCUCUCGUCAUUGUACCAGCAAUGGAUGGCUCCGAUAGAGAUACAGCCGCUGUGAUUUCAACAAUGCUGCUUCUCACCGGAGUUUCAACCAUACUUCACUCUUACUUCGGUACUCGUCUUCCAUUGGUUCAAGGAAGCUCCUUUGUUUACUUGGCUCCUGCUUUAGUUGUCAUCAACUCGGAGCACUUCAGAAACCUCACCGAGCAUAAAUUUCGAGACAUAAUGAGAGAGCUACAGGGAGCUAUUAUCGCCGGUUCGUUAUUCCAGUGCAUAUUGGGAAUCACUGGUCUCAUGUCUCUUCUUCUUAGAUUUAUCAAUCCUGUCGUAGUAGCCCCAACGGUAGCUGCGGUAGGAUUAGCAUUCUUCAGCUAUGGAUUCCCUCAAGCUGGGACUUGUGUUGAGAUCAGCAUUCCUUUAAUACUUUUGCUUCUCAUUUUCACAUUGUACCUUCGUGGAGUUUCACUCUUUGGCCAUUGCUUAUUCCGAAUCUACGCGGUGCCAUUGAGUGCUGUGAUCAUAUGGGCAGUUGCAUUCUGUUUAACUGUUGGUGGGGCAUAUGACUACAAAGGUUGUAACGACGACAUACCAAGCUCUAACAUAUUGAUUGAUGAAUGCAAGAAGCAUGCGUAUACUAUGAAGCAUUGCAGAACAGAUGCUUCAAACGCUUGGGAUACUGCUCCUUGGCUCAGAAUCCCUUAUCCGUUUCAAUGGGGGUUUCCGAGUUUUCACAUGAGAACUUGUAUCAUUAUGAUCUUUGUCUCUUUGGUCGCAUCAGUCGAUUCGGUUGGAACAUAUCAUUCUGCAUCUAUGUUAGUGAAUGCUAAGCGUCCCACACGAGGAAUUGUCAGUAGAGGUGUUGCGUUAGAAGGCUUUUGCAGUCUAUUGGCUGGAAUCUGGGGUUCCGGUACCGGAUCAACCACUUUAACAGAAAACAUUCAUACAAUCAACAUCACCAAGGUGGCUAGUCGAAGAGCUUUGGCGAUCGGAGCUAUGUUCUUGAUAGUUUUCUCAUUUGUUGGAAAGUUAGGUGCGGUUCUUGCUUCAAUACCACAGGCUUUGGCUGCUUCAGUAUUAUGCUUCAUAUGGGCACUUACAGUGGCUUUAGGCUUGUCGAAUCUUCGGUAUACACAAACAGCAAGCUUUAGGAACAUGACUAUAGUCGGAGUCUCACUGUUUUUUGGAUUAUCCAUCCCUGCGUAUUUCCAGCAGUACCAACCUAUAUCAAGGCUGAUACUCCCAAGCUACUAUAUUCCUUUUGCAGCCGCGUCAAGCGGACCAUUCCACACGGGUAUCGAACAACUUGAUUAUGCGAUGAAUGCUCUGCUGUCUCUGAAUAUGGUUGUAACAUUUCUACUGGCUUUCGUACUGGACAACACUGUACCUUGUAGUAAGGAAGAGCGAGGAGUCUAUGUCUGGUCACGAGCCCAAGACAUGGAGAUGGACCCUGAGAUGCUAGCUGAUUAUUCAUUGCCAAAAAGAGUUGCUCAGCUUUUACGUUGCGGAUGUUGCUAG